AUGAAGGGCAGACAAUCACAUGGAAAUAAUGUAAUUAGUUUUAAUGAAACAAUUGUAGCAUUAGUAAUACCACAUUAUUUUAUAUAUGCCUUGAUCCUCCAUUGUAAAAACUUUAUAGGAAAGACCGUGGGACAUUUGUUCAAGCACAUCAAAAAGCCUAGUUUGGCCAAACUGAUCGUGUCGCAUAGCUAUAGAUACUUAAUUAUAAAUGUCAUAUUUUCCUCACCAAAAACAAAAUACCAGUACAAAUCUGCGCUCAUUAUCACUCUAAUUCUACUCAUGUGUUUGGAGAUCUUAAGACGUAUGUCCAUGAUUCCAACACGAAAGUUCUCUUCAGUAAUUUGUAUCUCCUGGCCAUCUUUAUGA